AAAAAAUCUGGAUAUCGUUUGGAGUACGCGUCGUCGGCGCGCGCGAAGUGCAAAGGUCCCAAACCGUGCACCGGUACAAGCAUUGGCAAGGGCGAGCUGCGCUGCGGUACGCUUAUCGACUUCCAGGGUAACACCACCUUCCAAUGGCGUCACUGGGGCUGCGUCACGCCUACCAUCAUUAAAAACAUGAAGAAAUCCUUCGAGGAUCCCGCGGACCUCGACGGGUUCGAAGAUUUGAAGGAGGAGGACCAAGAGAAGGUCAAGCAAGCCUACGAAGACGGGCGCGUCGCUCCCGAGGACGUGCCUGAAUCGGCGAGGAAGCCCGAAGCCGACGACGAUGACGAGGAGAAA